AUGGACGAGUUAAAAGCAAUCAUUCGCUCGCUGGCCAUUUCUAGCGCCAGCGGAAUGUGUUUAUCGCAACUGGAUCACGAUUUCAAAAGCCUCGAAGGGUACAGCAUCCCUUACCAGAAGCAUGGUUUUAAAUCUCUUUUUGCCAUGCUACAGACACUGACCGAUGUCGUACAGGUAAAAGGAGAUGAUCAGAAAAGUAUCAUUCAUCCAGUUACCACUGAAAAAAAUCAACACAUACGCUCGUUGGUAGAAAAAAGUAAGAAAAGCAAGAAACGUAAGGUAACUUCGCACAAUCGACCAAGUUCUGCAUCGCACGUUCCAAAAAGCAAAUGUGAUAAUGCGGCUAAAAGUUGUAAAAGCAAACCUUCUAGUGCCAUACAGAGCUAUAAAAGCAAAUCUUCUAGCGCGAUUCAAGGUAAUAGCAACAAAACUGGUAAUGCGAAACUCCAACGAUAUAACAAGAGUAGUACAAACGAGUAUCAAAAAGCGAGUCGAAAAAGUGCGCACAAUGGAGCGUUGCAAAACUACUUUUCUGAUGGGGAUUAUUAUUUUGGACAAUUUUUGAACUCAUUGUACAGUAUGCCAACAGCACAACAAUAUGGUCAAUAUAAUUGCAGUCAAUUGUUGAACAGCGGAGCAUUUAAUAACAUGUACCAACAAACACCAAACAUGCCGUAUUGUAAUAACCAACAGUACUACCAAAAUAAUAUGCGGCAGUCCAGCCAACAGAACUACCAAAACUAUGCGCAGCAGUCCAGCCAACAGAACUACCAAAACUAUGCGCAACAGUCCAGCCAACAGAACUACCAAAACUAUGCGCAACAGUCCAGCCAACAGAACUACCAAAACUAUGCGCCGCAGUGCAACCAACAAUACUACCAAAACUAUGCGCAGCAGUGCAACCAACAGUACUAUCAAAAUAAUGCGCAGCAGUCGAAUCAACAGUACUUCUCAAAUAAUAUGCAGCAAUACAACCAACAGUGCAAGCCGAAUAUGAAGCAACAACCGUCCAGUGGAAGGAAGUACAACCAGGCGGCUUCCCAAAAUGGCAACAUGAAUAACUAUUUCGGUUAUGAUUACGGAAAUUGGAAUGAUACUUAUGCACCCAACUGGGGAGGGAACAAUAAUAUGUAUUAUAACAAUGCAAUAGGUUACAACAGUUACGCAGCAGGAGGAUAUCCACAUCAAUGGAACUACGACAUGGGAAACUCCAUGAAUAAUAGGUAUAAUAACAACUAUCCGUCGAAUGCAUUUAACAAUGAUUUACAUAAGUAUGAUUUGUCAAGUUGGUACAACCAAUUUCAGUACAAUCUGUAG